AUGGAAGCAAAGAACUGCUCAGAGGUGACCGAGUUCAUCCUGCGGGGAAUCCCUCACACAGAGGGCCUGGAGACCUUACUUUUCAUCGUAUUCCUGCCCUUCUACAUCUGCACCCUUCUGGGAAAUGUGUCUAUCCUCGUGGCUGUCAUCUCUUCUGCUCGUCUGCACACAUCAAUGUAUUUCUUCCUGGGGAACUUGUCUGUGUUUGACAUGGGUUUCUCCUCUGUGACAUGUCCCAAAAUGCUGCUUUACCUCAUGGGACUAAGCAGACUCAUCUCCUACAAAGACUGUGUCUCCCAGCUCUUCUUCUUCCACUUCCUGGGAAGCAUCGAGUGCUUUUUGUACACUGUGAUGGCCUAUGACCGCUUCACCGCCAUCUGCUACCCUCUGCAGUACACCACCAUCAUGAACCCUCGGAUUUGCGUGGCCCUGGCUGUGGGCACGUGGCUGUUAGGCUGCAUUCAUUCUAGCAUCUUGACAUCCCUCACCUUCACAUUGCCAUCCUGUGGCUCUAACGAAGUAGAUUACUUCUUCUGUGAUAUUCUAGCAAUCUUACCCUUAGCCUCUGCUGAUACAUCUAUAGCACAGAGGGUGAGCUUCACCAAUGUUGGUCUUGUGUCUCUUGUCUGCUUUCUUCUAAUUCUUAUGUCCUACACUCGAAUCACAGUCUCCAUCUUGAGUAUUCAUACAACUGAGGGUCGUCGCCGUGCCUUCUCUACCUGCAGUGCCCACCUCAUUGCCAUCCUGUGUGCCUAUGGACCCAUCAUCACUGUCUACCUGCAGCCCACACCCAACCCCAUGCUAGGAACUGUAGUGCAAAUUCUGAUGAAUCUGGUAGGACCAAUGCUGAACCCUUUGAUCUAUACUUUGAGGAAUAAGGAAGUAAAAAUAGUCCUGAAAACAAUAUUCCAUAGAAAAGGCCAUAUCCCUGAAAGUUAG